GUACGUAAAUAAAUGAUACUACGUUUGAAUGUUUAGAAAUUAGUAAAUUAAUUUCAUUAAUUGGCAACGUUCGUGCAAGUGCCAGUAAAACUAUGCUUGCUUUGAAAGAUUACGGUAGCAGCGACGAAAACAGCGAGGCAGAAAGUGAUAACGAGAAUGCGAAAAGCGAGGUUAAUUGUAACUCGGAUACUAACGAAGUAUCAACUGUUGAAUCCCCUCCCGUAGGAAAAUUAACCAUGGCAGUUAGUAUGCAGAUUUGCUCUGCGCCUGAAGUAGUACCAACGGGAACCGAAUUAUGCGUGAGGCAUAUAGAUUCAACCACGGAUGAAGUCAUGCACAACCCUAAGUUUGAAGAACUUUUUGCCCCAGACAUUGGACCAGAGAAUCCUUUUAAGACACAGCAGCAACGCGCAGCGAAAAAUAUGCUCUCUGGAUAUGUAGAAAAAGCUCAUAUAAGUGAAUUUCAAUUUGAAAAUCAAAGAAGAACUUUUGCUAGUUAUGGCUAUGCACUGGAUCCGACUGUGGAUGGUAGUGCAGAAGAGGGUAGAACAAUUAUUGGAGCAAAGGAAGCAGCAGAAGAGUGUGGUGCCAAGACUGUUUUUGAAAGUACAAUGUUAAGACCUUUAGAUAAGAGAAAACGAUGUAGAAACAAUGAUCCAGCAGAUAUUGAAGGAUUUCUAGGUCCAUGGGGAGGAUAUGUGGAUGAAAAACGAGUUAUAAAACCAACAGAUGAAGAAGCUGCUGAACUGGAAGAGAUACUAGCCAAAAGAAACAGAAGGGGUAAACCAACUGAAGAGAAACCUCUUGAAGAAAAGACAGUGCUGCAUAUUAAAGAUAGUGUGGAUUAUCAAGGAAGAUCGUUUUUACACGCGCCUCAGGAUGUUGGCGUAAAUUUGAGAUCCGAGUCACCUCCGGAUAGGUGCUUCCUACCUAAAGCGCAAAUUCACACUUGGGAGGGCCACACCAAAGGGAUUUCUCAAAUUAGAUGGUACCCGCGCACGGCACAUUUAUUACUUUCAUGUGGUAUGGAUUGCAGAGUGAAGUUAUGGGAAGUUUAUAAAGAGAGAAGAUGUAUUCGGACUUAUUACGGUCACCGUCAAGCUGUGAGGGAUAUAAGCUUCGACAACGACGGGAAGAGAUUUUUGUCGGCGGGAUACGAUCGUUACGUGAAGUUAUGGGAUACGGAGACUGGGGCUUGUAUAAGUCGAUUUACAAGCAGAAAAAUUCCAUAUUGCGUGAAAUUUAAUCCAGACCCGGACAAACAACAUUUGUUCGUGGCGGGUACCAGCGAUAAAAAGAUUAUUUGCUGGGACGUUCGUUCCGGCGAAAUAACGCAAGAAUAUGAUAGGCAUUUGGGAGCAGUGAACACGAUAACGUUCGUGGAUGAAAAUCGACGAUUUGUUACAACCUCGGACGAUAAAAGUUUACGAGUUUGGGAAUGGGAUAUACCAGUCGACAUGAAGUACAUAGCCGAUCCCUCUAUGCAUUCCAUGCCAGCAGUCACGCCUUCUCCAAAUCAAAAAUGGCUCGCGUGCCAAAGUAUGGACAAUAAAAUCGUCAUAUUUUCUGCGUUAAACAGGUUCAAAAUGAACCGUAAAAAGACGUUCACGGGUCACAUGGUUGCUGGUUACGCGUGCGGAUUAGAUUUCUCACCUGAUAUGAGCUACCUCGUAUCGGGAGACGCGGACGGGAAAUGUUACAUUUGGGACUGGAAAACCACAAAGUUGUACAAAAAGUGGAAAGCUCACGAUGGCGUGUGCAUUGAUGUACUGUGGCACCCACAUGAGCCCUCGAGGCUCGCAACAGCCGGGUGGGAUGGAAAAAUAAAGUAUUGGGAUUGAAAGUGUCGUCGUCUACGUUUUUACAAAAUUGUGUACUUGUAUUUUAUAUGAUAUAUAUGUAUAUAGAUUUAUUUCACAUACAUACUUUUAAUCUUACCGCGGACAAAUAUAAAGACAUG